AAGCGAAGAUGGCGGCGGAGCGGCAGGACGCGCUGCGGGAGUUCGUGGCGGUGACGGGCACCGAGGACGACCGAGCGCGCUUUUUUCUCGAGUCGGCCGGCUGGGACCUGCAGAUUGCACUAGCAAGCUUUUAUGAGGAUGGAGGGGAUGACGACAUUGUGACCAUUUCACAGGCAACCCCCAGUUCAGUGUCCAGAGGCACAGCCCCCAGCGAUAAUAGGGUGACAUCCUUCAGAGACCUCAUUCAUGACCAAGACGAGGAUGAGGAAGAAGAAGAAGGACAGAGGUUUUAUGCUGGGGGCUCAGAGAGAAGUGGACAGCAGAUUGUUGGUCCUCCCAGGAAGAAAAGUCCCAACGAGCUGGUGGAUGAUCUUUUUAAAGGUGCCAAAGAGCAUGGAGCUGUGGCUGUGGAACGAGUGACCAAGAGCCCUGGAGAGACCAGUAAACCAAGACCAUUUGCAGGGGGUGGCUACCGCCUUGGGGCAGCUCCAGAGGAGGAAUCUGCCUACGUGGCAGGAGAAAGGAGGCGGCAUUCUGGCCAAGAUGUUCAUGUUGUAUUGAAACUCUGGAAGAGUGGGUUCAGUCUGGAUAAUGGUGAACUCAGAAGCUACCAAGACCCAGCCAAUGCCCAGUUUCUGGAAUCUAUCCGCAGAGGGGAAGUGCCAGCAGAGUUGCGGAGGUUAGCACACGGCGGACAGGUGAAUUUGGACAUGGAAGACCAUCGGGAUGAGGAUUUUGUAAAGCCCAAGGGAGCCUUCAAAGCAUUCACUGGCGAGGGUCAGAAACUGGGCAGCACUGCUCCCCAGAUAUUGCAUACCAGCUCUCCGGCCCAGCAGGCAGAAAAUGAAGCCAAAGCCAGCUCUUCCAUCUCAAUUGACGACUCACAGCCUACCACAAACAUCCAAAUACGGCUCGCUGACGGUGGGAGGCUGGUGCAGAAAUUUAACCACAGCCACAGGAUCAGCGACAUCCGACUCUUCAUUGUGGAUGCCCGGCCGGCUAUGGCUGCCACCAGCUUUGUCCUCAUGACUACCUUCCCAAACAAAGAGCUAGCUGAUGAGAACCAGACCCUGAAGGAAGCCAACCUGCUCAACGCCGUCAUUGUGCAGCGGUUAACAUAACCCCCUGGCCCCGUGGGCAGCUUCACCUCCCUCCUGAGUCUCCCACGGCCCGCUGCCCCAUGGGGACCACACCCACACCCCUCCCACAUACCCAGCCGUCCAGUGCCACGUCUUCUUCGUAGCUCUGGGUUCUUAGAUCUCAGUUGGACAUUUGUUUUCUUUUAGUUGCAUUUCCUGGGUUUUUGUGACGAUCAAUGGACUUUAAAGAAAAUAAUAAAAACAAAAACACCAAAAAAAAUCGAAGGAAUAUCACCAGCAUGUUGUGUGGAACCUCUCCCACUGAGUAGGUUCUUACUGUAAAGUCAUUUAUCUCGAGGAUCUGUGGGGAGGAACUUCCUUCCA